CCCAUUUCAUUCACACAUGGUCGGAAAUUUUAAGAAAUGACUCAAGAAAUGGCAUUUAUUCAUAAACUAUGUGUUAGUGUUGGCCUUAUUGCUCUUGCACACGCAGCCUAUUCAGCAACACAGCAUCAUGCUUACCUGCGUCUUACUGAACAAGAAUUUGCAUGGCUACCAUUAGAUAUUAUUUUACAAUGUCUGUUUGGGCUUUCAAUAACAUAUUAUGGUAUAAUAAAUAUAGCUGGCCAGUUUAAAAGUAUUAAAGCUAGUGCUGAAAUGGAAACAAAAACCUGGGAAAUGCUCAGUAAUCGCCAGUCAUUUUAUACCUUCCAUCAUCGAGGUAAAGCUCUAUAUGGAGACAGAGAACGAGUUGAACUGGAGUGAAAGUGUUGUGUGCAAUCAAACUUUUCAAUAUUUAUACAAGUGAAAGAAAACUCUGGAAAUAAGCAGAUUCUUUUGUGUUGAGGUUGAUGGAACCUGUAGAGUGAAUCAAGUCGAGCAUUACCACAAAAUUUGAGUGCGGCCUGAAAUCUAUUAGUUUGUACAAUUGCAAGACAAUAUCUUCUAAUGAGAAUAACCAUCAGCUCAUACAUUUAAUUUUGCUUACUAAUAAUUGAAAUCUGUAAAACCUGAAGAAUGUAUAUUAUGUUUACAUUUUGUGGGCAGUUAUUUUAAACAUCAAAAUGACUCAUUUUUUCAAAUAAAUCAUUAGGGAAAUGGUGAAAUUUUAUUUUUGUCAUAAGCAUGGUGUAUAUAUAUAUAUAUAUAUAACUACAUGUAUAUUAAUUCCAUUCCAAAGGGCCACUAAAGCCUUUUUUCCUCUCCUCUUAAACUUAGGUAUGUCUCUCUCAUGGAUUAGAGAACAUGAAAUUUAUAGAAAAAGAAUUCCUUCUUUACACUUGCCGGAGUAUUUUUAUAAAUAAUUCAGAGUAUAAUAUAUGCAAGUGGUGGCUAAUCUGUCAUUUAUUAUUACCUUGAUAUAUGUUUUUUGUAUAGUAAAGUUAGAUCUACAAAGUUAUAAUACAUGUAUGUCCAUUGACAAAUAAAAUGUUGUUAUGAUCUAGUUUUCUGUGGGGGUGAUUGAAUGGAUUUGAAAAUGGGUAUUUGAAUGUGAACAUGUAUAUGAACAAUAUUUUGAGUGUGAAUUGUAAAUGAUAUCAAAUAACACUUUAUGCCACAUGUUUUAUUUGAAUAACCAUGUGUAUGUGUCUCUUUAGAUAUUUAAUAUGUACAGGUUUAUCAAAAACAAUACAUUUUUAAACCUAUGGCUCAGAACGAUUGCUUACAAUAGUUGUCUAUGAGACAUCAUGUUCAUUGAAGGAAUUUUUAUCUAAAAUAUAUAAUUGUAAAUUUAGUAAAAAUAUUUAUAGAAAGUGUCAAUUUAUUGUCAUUUAAAAAUAAAAUUAUCAAGUGAAGAA